AUGAGUUUAGAGAAACAAGUUGCGCAAGUGGCUAAUUCCUUGAACUUGCGUCCUCUGGGCGGGCUUGCCGGUGAUACUAAGCCAAAUCCAAAGCAAUUGCAUGUGUUAAGAAUUAGAAGUGGGCUGCAAUUAGAGGAACUAGCUCCAAAGAAAAGAGACAUUGAGGUAAGUAACAAAGAAAAUAGGGUGGAAGAGGUAGUAAAAAACUCCAAUGUAGAGGUACCUGUUCCUCAAAAGAAAUUACCACCUCAAUUUCCAGAGAGGCUGAAAAAGCAGAAUGAAGAUGAAUGCUUUGGUAAGUUUCUCUCUCUUCUUAAACAAGUUCACAUUAAUCUACCUUUGGUUGACAUUUUGCAGGGUAUCCCGAAGUAUGCUAACUACGUGAAGGACAUAGUAGCCAGCAAGAGGAGACUUACUGAAUAUGAAACUGUAGCACUUACUGAGGAGUGCAGCUCAAGGAUCCAAAACAGAUUGCCCAAAAAGUUAAAAGAUCCGGGUAGUUUUACUGUGCAGACUACAAUUGGACAAAGUGUUCAAGCCCGGGGGUUGUGUGAUUUGGGGGCAAGUAUAAAUUUGAUGCCUCUAUAUUUGUAUCAAAAGCUUGGGUUAGGUAGUCCAAAGAGAACCACUGUUAUUCUCCAACUUGCAGAUAGAUCCAUUACUAGGCCAGAGGGUGUGUUAGAAGAUGUGUUAGUGCAAGUAGGUUCAUUGAUUUUUUCGGUAGAUUUUGUGGUCUUAGACUUUGAACCCGAUUCUGAAGUUCCAUUCAUUUUUGGACGACCUUUCUUGGCCACGGGUAGGACAUUGAUUGAUGUAGUAGCUGAGUUGUCUGCUAUUACUGUGGUUGAUCACAUAGUAGAAUCACAAGUAGUUGUGCCCGAAGAUCUUUUAGAAAGAGUGUUAGUGGGUCAUGAGAUAGAGGGAGACACUGAAGCUCAAGAGAUUGAAUCAUGCUUAAAUCUAGCACUAGUACACACUCGUAGGAAUCAAGUGGAGUCACUAGAGCGCGAGUUGGGGGCCCCACCAAAGCCAUCAAUAGAAGAAGCCAGUACUUUGGAACUAAAAACCCUACUAGCUCACCUAAGGUAUGCUUAUUUGGGUACUAAUGAAACCUUGCCUAUUAUACUUUCUGCUGAAUUGUCUGACUUACAGGUUGAUGCGGCAUUGAGGAUCUUAAAGAGGAGGAGGAAAGCAAUUGGAUGGCAGAUGGAUGAUAUUCAUGGGAUUAGUUUGGCUUUAUGCAUGCACAAAAUUUACAUAGAAGAGGAUCACAAACCCAAAGCACAACAUCAACGUUGA